UUUGUUCAGUCUUCCCCAACGGGCUCCAUUUAUUUAAAUAUACCCAUAGAUCAAUCUUCUUUCCAUCCCAACGUUGACUGAAUUUCAACCCACAACAAUCCAGUAUCUUUUUCUGAAAUCUAGCUGGCGGCGUGUCGUCUAUUUCCCUUGCUCUCUUUUGUACCGGAAUUGUGGACUUGACUGUCUCUCUCUCUCUCUCUCUCUCUCUCUUGUCUAGAAUCUGAUUUAUCCGUCAUUUCUGCAUCCUGCAUGUGAAAUAUGCCGAGUCGUCAACGUCGCCCCACUGAGAAGCCUCAGGAGUCAAAGACCGGUAUGCCUGCGGUCAUGGAACAAUCGCCUCAGAUCCUCAAGAAACUUUUGCACUGGGAUGACUUGCCCCAUUGGCAGCGCGACAACCAUCACAUCCAUAGUGGAUAUCGACCGGCCUCGUUCUCUUACCUGGUCUCCUUCCAAUCGUUAACAUAUAUACACAAUGAAACGGUUAAUAUAUACACGCAUCUAUUACCAUCGUUACUGGCUGUCCCCGCGGCAGUCUUGCUUCAUCGGGCUCUCUCACCUCGGUAUGAGACAGCUACCAAGGCUGAUAUCAUCAGCUUCGCUUGCUUUUUCGCAGGAGCUGCUAUUUGCUUGGGGAUGUCCGCGACGUACCAUACCAUAUCGAAUCAUUCUCCGACUGUUGCUCGCAUAGGAAAUACUCUGGAUUAUGCUGGUAUCGUAGCUCUGAUUGUGGGCAGUUUUGUCCCUAGUGUAUACUAUGGGUUCUAUUGUGAGCCAGAUCUGCAACGGCUAUAUUGGACAAUGAUCUGCACCAUUGGGAUUGGUUGUAUCUUUGUUUCUGUCCUGCCCCGGUUUCGGACUCCCCGGUGGCGGCCAUUCCGCGCCGCUAUGUUUGUCAGCAUGGGCCUAUCAGCGGUGUUUCCCGUCAUCCAUGGGCUACAUAUGUAUGGUCUUGAACAGAUGACGCGCCAGAUAGGGCUCGGGUGGCUGCUACUCCAGGGAUUCCUCUAUAUCCUAGGAGCCGGGAUCUAUGCCACUCGGGUCCCCGAACGUCUGCGACCGGGCCAGUUCGAUCUAUGGGGCAGUUCGCAUCAGAUCUUUCAUGUGCUAGUGGUAUGUGCCGCUGUGGCUCAUCUGACGGGGCUACUGAGGGCAUUUGACUACAGACACAGUGGGAUUGUAGAGAGCUGCUCUUCCAACUGAGAGUGUGAUUCGCCGAGGCAACCACAAGAUCACACGAGCAACGAGAGGUUACAGUCAACCAUGUAGCAAUAAUCCAAUCCGACGUAAUAUAUGGAUGUGAUGUGAUGCUGACUGCUGGCAUGCAAAUACGAGAUGUGUCUAACCCACCCCCUUGCUGACUAGUACAGCAGCUUUUGUCUUCCCAAGGAAGUGAAAGCGAGCGAGAGGGAAAGGGAUAGCUUUUGAGGACAGGAAUUAAAAAAAGGGGGAAGUUUUGAGAAAAAGGGCACUGGCACGACGACAG